AUGGAUGCAGAUCAGGUCAAAUUGCAGAGGAAAGGACCAUGGUUUUGCCCAACACCUAACGACAUCAAUUGGCAGAGCGUGCCUGAUGACUUGGAACCACCUACCUCGUGUUCCAAUGAACUUGAACUAUUUUUAGCUAAUGUACGGCGUGAUCUUAUUAAUCCUGAGAACAUUAGGCAAGCUAGGGAUAACCUUUCUAAAAAAGAACGGGUUACGCUUAAAGAGCUCAAAGAACUUAAAAAUUCCAAUGUAGUGAUCCGUAUACAGGACAGAGGAUCCCGAUUUGUAUUAAUUGAUGAAAGGGAGUACGAGAAAAAAAUGUUUGGUCAGCUUAACAAUCAGUUGCAUUAUAAGCUUUUGCAAUCGGAUCCAACCUCUAAGCAUUUGGCAUUAGUAGAGAGUUGGUGUUCCAAAUGGCUAGGAAAAGGUGAGAUUUUUCCCGAAGUAGCUAUUUGGAUUUUAAAUAAAGAAGCGAGACCAGGAGUUGCAUUUGGAAAUAUCAAAACACACAAAACGGGUAACCCGCUCAGACUUAUUACAAUUUGUUGUGGCAGGGCAAUUGAAAACUUAUCGGCCUUUACUAAAUUUUAUUUACAACCACUUGCUCGAAAACUACCAUCGUUUAUUAAGGACACCACCGACCUGCUUAAUAAAAUAGAGCAUCUUAACACAAGCGGCGCCUUUCCAACUGGCACCUUACUGGUCUCGUGCGACGUGGUUUCAGUGUUACCUAACAUCGACAACAAACUCGGCCUCACUGCAGUUAGGAAGGCUUUGAAUACUAGGGAAAACAAAUUUCCAUCCACGACUUGUAUUUUAGAAGCCGUAAAAAUUUGUUUGAAAAGAAACCAUUCUAUUUUUAAAGAGAACUUCUUCCUUCAAAUACGCGGCACAGCUAUGGGUCCGAAGAAUGCUUGUAGCUAUGCCGAUCUAACCAUGGGCGAAAUUGAUCUCAAAGCUAAGUUUUCUGGUCCGAUAAAGCCGUCCUUAUGGUGGCGAUAUUGAGACGAAGUGUUUGUCUAUCAGCGCGAGGAAUUUAUGCCCGAUGUUAGUGCUGGUGUUCUUGCGGAAAGGUGGGUUGAACUAGAGGAUGUUGUUGCGUUGACGGUUCUUGCGCCUUUGCGUGUGGGUUAGUUCAUAGUGAAGUGUGUAGCUGUAUCUACUGUCGUCUAGUGCUUUCUGGUAGGCGGGAGCUGCUUGGUCGAAGGAGGCUUUGUCGGAUGAGAGGGAUGAUUAACUUCUGUUGAUAGCGGCGGGGAUGUGAGUGUAGAUAGACUCAAAAAGCGUAACGAACUCGUCUCUUCCUGCUGACACAGAAACAAAGCCCUCCUACGCAACAGCUGACUUGACACU